UGAAAAGUGAUAUAUAUAAAAAAAAAACCUAGGAGGAGGAAAAAGAAAGAAAAAGAAAAAGGAUAAGGAAAAAGGGAAAAAAUCCCUUUAUUAUUUCUGAGGUCACCCUGUUAUCUUUCUGGGUCAUGGCAUUCAGGUUUUUGGGGGUUUUUUGAGAGUCUCCCUAUAGGCUCCAGGAAGGCCUGGAAUUUAUGCUCAGCCUUCUGAGUUCUGUGAUCAAGGGUACACCAUCACUUCUGGAUUUCUUUUGAUAAUAGUGUCUGUGAAUUUGUUGGGUUGGUAUUUUUUUUGUUUUGUUUUGUUUGCUUGUUUUGUUUUGUUUUGGUUUUUUUGAACUCAUGACUAUGUGCUUACCAGGCAGAUGCUUACACCACUGAGCUAAAUCCCUGGCUUCAGGGCUGGGUUUUUUUUAAAAAAUGCUAUUAGCUGAUUUUACUUCUUUUUCAAGCUGUCAAUUUUCUGAUUUUUCUAAGAGAAGCCUUUUUCUUACUAAAAGCUCUAGACAAAAAACCAAUAGCUUUGAGGGAGCAUUAGUCCCUAUUUCCAUCUCAAACUCUGUGUGAGGGUACAACUUUUACAUUUAUAGUCUCACUUUUAUUCUUUUCAGAAAAGGUGGUAAACAUAGUGACAGCCAGUUUUUACUAUAAUGUGACCAUCUUGAUUUUCUCUGUGGAAAGUGUGGUAUUUGUGUCCAACCUAUGAGGCUGGUAAUGUCAUUUCUGUUUUACAGGUAAGGAAACAAUGUUAGAAAGUGGAGUGUAGUCUGCCAAGAAUAGUGUACUGAUCCCUGAAACUCUGGGCCUAUGCCCAGCUCUUCUCCGGUCCUCUGGGCCCUGUUUACCCACUUAGGUCAGGGGCAUAGUAGAGCUUGAAAAUAAAUACCUCAUAUGGGGCCUUGUAAGGAUUGGAAACCUCAAAGAGCUGUUCAGCUUAGCUCUUGGUGUAGAGACACAGGCACAGAGGCACUCGGCAUAGAGGUACUGGCAACGUUAAAGAUUAGAGGUAACUGCCUUAGUUCCUGUCCCCAAAGGAGCAUCAUCUGGUAGAAAAAUGAGUAACAACAUUGUGUGGCGGGGCUAGGGAUUUAGCUCAGCGGCAUAAGAGUCUGCCUUACAAGCAGGCAGUCGUGAGUUCGAUCCCUGGUACCGAUAAAAAGGAAAAAGACAAAAAAAAACAAACAAACAAACAAAAAAAACAUUGUGUGGCAGUCUGGAAUGGGGUUUGCGUAUAAAUACACAUGGAACUUUGGGAUUGAUUGUAUUGUAUGAUCUUAUAUAAUCCCUGUACUCUUACACAGAAAGACAAUACCGCAUCCGCCUCCUUUCUCCCAAUUUAGACAGGAGUCCGUGAUCAGAGAGGUAUAUUCACAUCCACAGGAAACUGUGGAGCCAGGAAUAGGAGCUAGGUCUGUGACAGACCUGGCACUCUCCACUGUUCUCAGGGAGACUGCAAGAAGCCCAGAACAGAUGCCAGGAUUGUCCACACUGAGCAAGGGAAGAGGUCCCUGGAAGGUAGAGCAGGCCAGGACUGUGUAAUAACCGGUGAGAAAAGCGUUUGUAUCACCGGUAGCAGUCAUGGCUUUUGCUCUUAGCCCCGCCCCCCCCCCCCGAGCAGAUGAGAAUCAUGGAUCCAAACCCCAACUUCAGAGCUCUUUAUGGUUGGAAAGAAACUGAAUAGCAACAAUUCCAGACCUUAGGCUCCCAACAAAAGUGAGAAGAGAUUCAGCCUCGCGAUGUGGGGGCGGAGCCAACUCAGGCCCCUCCCCAACCAUUGUCUCGCGGAAGCCAAUGAGCGAAACGCUCGCUACUAACCAAUCGGGACGCGAUAUGUAAAUGAACAAGCGGUAAACCGCGGGGAGACUACAGCGCUCUGUGAAGCGUCUCUGGAGUGGGCGCUGGUGGAUCUGGGAGGGGACUCUUGUGAACUGUUCGGUCCUGAGCCGAGGGCGGACCACAAGGUGCUCUGGGUCUGGGAGGAAGGAUCGUAUACACUUACAAACUAGAGAGGGUCAGAUACAGUGCGGACGUCCUAGGGGAGCCCCCAUCCGGACGACACUGGAAUGGGACAGUGUGCUAACGCCUGGGAGACUCCUAGCAGAGGAAGGGCUAGAUGCCUGAAAGACACAAGGUGCGUGAAGCGAGGGGCCCGCGGACCCUAGAGUCACUGACACAGUGGGGGACUUAGACCCUCCUGUCCCUCACUCUCUCCGCCCGCCCGGAGCAGAGAGCAGUCCGCUGCGGUGCCAUAGAACUGAAGAGAGAGGAGGCAAGCAGCUGCCCUGGUUACUGGAACCAUGGCCGGCUGCCGCCACCACUCGGGAUAUCUUGCAGAUGACGAGGCUGGCCACAGCACAUACAAGGCGCGGGUACCACCACGCAAGAAGCCACUGCUGCCAGAAAUGAGACCAGCCUUCAAGCUGGGUCAUGUGCCACACCCUCCAGCGAUGGAUGGCAGUUCAGCAUACCAGGGACACUGCCAAACCCCUAAGAGACCUCAGCCUUUUGGCAGCUUCCUAGAUUUUCUGACAGAAGGACAGGUAAUGGAAAGCCUGCAGACAGUGGUGGAAGAGGCAGCCGAACGCAUAGCCUCCAUGAAGACAGAGGCUGGGGUGCCACUAGUGGAGGUACAGGACUUCAUAGAAGUGCCAAGUGGGAAGCGACAGGUGCGCGCCCGACCCAGCUUCAGCACUGUAAAGCGGCACCGUAUUCGACCCAGCCUCUGCACUGGACGUCCCAAUAAUUACCCAUCCUGCUCCAGCUCUCUAUCUGACUCCCAUAGCAGCCUCACAGCUGGCCAGGAUGGUGAUCUAGGUCCCCAAGGCUUAGGUUCACUACCACCCAUGAGAGACAAACUUUUGCUGGAGAAAAACCUCAAGCGGCUGCUACAGCUGGAGAACAAAGGGAAAGGCUGGAGUCAGUCCUGUUCCAAGAGGAACUCCCUAUUGUUGAACUCACUGGGCAGCCAGACUGGCAGCCACUGGACCCAGGAGCAGCCCCUGUCCUGGUUUUCAGGGCUGCUGGGCUCCACUUCAGGAAUGCCUGAUGCAUCAGAACUGGGACCUAGAGAACAGGAGCUGAUUUUCCUCAAAGGAAAGUGCAAUAAGGAAAAGAAGUCCUUGCUGAGCCAGCCAACAUCCUUUGAUCUGCCUGGCUACUGCAUUCUCCGUGAGCCCCAUCAAACGCUGGACUUCCUGGCCAAACAUCAUCUCUUCCCUGCUCUGCAGAGUGUGAUCAGCCAGGGUGCAAACAAGCUGAGGGCCGCCCGCUGCCGUGAUGGCUGCCCUCUCUUCCCCACCAAGCCUGCCUCACCAUUCCCAGUUAACUACAGUCAGGGGCUGCCAGACUCCAAGCCAGCCGAGGGGAAGGAGCCCUGUGAUUCUUUCCACACCACAGAUGCCAGCCUUCAUGGAAAAAUCAGUAGACUGAACUCGCCUUCUGUGUCUAAUCAAGUGGGCAACAGAGUCAAGCUCAAGAACUCCAACACAAAGAAGCCAUCGUCUUCCACCUCGCCCAAAUCCAGUAUGUCCCACCUCUCCAACCCCUGUGUUGAGGAGAUCAUCAACUACUUAGUGGACCAGGCAGUGUCCUUGCUCACUCUCAAGUACAAGUAUGAGAACAGCCUCAAUAAACAGCUUGGCUUCGUCUCCUUCCCCAUCACUGAGGCUCUCGUGGACCUCUUCCUGGGCUUCAAGAAGGUGAAGGGCUCCCACAUACAGUUGUCCUCGGAGAUGAACUGGAAUUGCCUGCUGCACAAAUUGCAGCAGGCUGAGCAGGCGCUUCAGGCCUCAAGGCAGGCCUCCCAGGCACGCGGCCAGGCACACAGCUCCCAGAGCAGCAGCAACAUCUCGAAGCCUGGAUCCCGCCAGCUGGUUGUCUCCCAGCACAGCACAAUGUCUCCAUCCAGUCAGCCUGUGCCACCAACCAGAAGUAACCAGAACCAGGCCGUAGAGCCUGACGCGUCAAUCCACCAGCUGCUCAGCUCUUGGGAGCCUAUUACAGCUGAGACGCCGUCCCCCAAAAGCCUGUCACAACCCAGACCCUUUGGGUCCCCUGACCUGGGCACGGGCUCCAUUCUCUCCAAGUCUGAUGCGAUGAUGAACAUUGAGGCCAAUGAAGCUGGGAACAAAGGUAACAGGGAGAACAAAGAGGAGGGCAUGGAUUCCUACAAGGAUGAGAGCAACUACGAGGACCACCUGGAGCCUGAACUAGAGGCCAUGAGCAGGCACUCUGUGGACACAGGCCACGAUGACCCCCCAUGAAAUUCCCAUAAGCCAAACUGAGUACUGCAUUCCCCCUUCUCCACCUGGUCCUUAGUGGCUGCCCACCUAGCCAGCCACUACUCUGAGCAGGGUCAGGAUGGGCUGAAUGUCCAUGAGGACCUCUGCUAACACUUGCAGGGGCACCAAUGAGAGGAACAGAAAUAAAACAUCUGUAAAUGGAA